UGUUAAGCAAAUGCAGGAACCAAAAAGAGUUCUCGAGGCUGCUUUACGCGUCUCACUCAGUUCCUUUGUGGUCCUCUUCUUCACCACGUGCCAAAGCCGUUUUUCACGACCUGUGAGACCAGAACAUCUUGGGUGUGGAACAAUGGAAGAGUUGGAUGCCUUAUUGGAGGAAUUGGAACGCUCCACCCUCCAGGACAGUGAUGAUUAUUCUACCCCAGCUCCUCCUUCCCUGGAUCAGCAUUCCAAGUCUGCGGAAACUUCAAGGACCUUGCCCCAUCAGGGAAACACAAGUUCCUCCUCGGUGCAGCUUGGGUACACUACAGGUAUCCAGGAGCCCAAUGUCUACAGUGAGAUUCUAGAGCCAAAGGAAUCACCACCACUUCCUAAAACCUCAGCAGCUGCUCAGCUGGAUGAACUCAUGACCCUUCUGAAUGAAAUGCAGCCCAAGGUUGUGGUGAAAGCAGAUGCCAGCAAGAAACAGUUACCAGACAAGCAAGAUCACAAGACCUCCCUGGACUCUAUGCUUGGGGGUUUGGAGCAGGAAUUGCAGGACCUUGGGAUUGCCACAGUACCCAAGGGCCACUGUGCUUCCUGCCAGAAGCCAAUUGCUGGGAAGGUGAUCCAUGCCCUAGGGCAAUCCUGGCAUCCAGAGCACUUUGUCUGUACUCACUGCAAAGAAGAGAUUGGCUCCAGUCCCUUCUUCGAGCGGAGUGGCUUGGCCUACUGCCCCAAAGACUACCACCACCUUUUUUCACCACGCUGUGCCUACUGUGCUGCUCCUAUUGUGGAUAAAGUGUUAACAGCAAUGAACCAGACGUGGCACCCAGAGCACUUCUUCUGCUCUCACUGUGGAGAGGUGUUUGGUGCAGAAGGCUUUCAUGAGAAGGACAAGAAGCCAUAUUGCCGAAAAGAUUUCUUAGCCAUGUUUUCACCCAAGUGUGGUGGUUGCAACCGCCCGGUGUUGGAAAACUACCUUUCAGCUAUGGACAACGUUUGGCAUCCAGAGUGCUUUGUGUGUGGGGACUGCUUCAGCAGUUUUUCUACUGGCUCCUUCUAUGAACUAGAUGGACGUCCAUUCUGUGAGCUCCACUACCAUCACCGCCGCGGAACUCUCUGCCAUGGAUGUGGGCAGCCCAUCACUGGUCGUUGCAUCAGUGCCAUGGGGCACAAGUUCCACCCUGAGCACUUCGUGUGUGCUUUCUGUCUGACACAGUUGUCAAAGGGCAUCUUCAGGGAGCAGAAUGACAAGACCUAUUGUCAGUCUUGCUUCAGUAAGCUCUUCUCAUUAUGAUCUCAACCUACAACUUUGUCAAAUGGCCUAGAUAUUUAAACCAAGAGAGGAGAGGGUACGUUUGCUGUUACUGACCUUCUGCUUAAUAGACUUGUAGAGAAUAUAAAGGUGAUGAGCAAAUAAGGCAACUUGUAGACAUUACAUGAUCAGGCUUGGGAUAUUUUAUUUCAGGAGUCUAGUUUUAUUUUUUUUAAAUCAGGAACUUGGAUUUAGAUCUAGGUCUUACUAUUAAGUCCCUCUGCAGAAGUAUUUCCUGCAUGCACUUUUCAUUCUACCUCUGGUUUUCUCUCUCAUUUCCACCUCUACUGAUGGCCCUGCUCUCCUGUGGCCCUCAGACUUGUCCUACUCCGAGCUUCCCUGUUUCCCUGUAUGAUCACGACUGUGUCAUUAUCUUAACUGUCCCACUCUUGGUUCUUUGCAUCUCCCUUCAGUGUAUUCCUCUUUUUCAUGGACAUAGAUUUUUAAGUGACAUCCUUGAUAAAUAAAAUGGCUUGUGGUUUUGA